UGUUGAACCCUGAUAAAAACCUGAACCUUGGGAGAGAAGAGGGACAUUUGGGAGCGAGAUGGCGAGAGGGACGGUGGCCACGUACCUUCAUGGCGUCUUUCUCUUGGCUCUGUGGAAACCCUCACUGCAAGGAGGUGUAUACGUACCUGCUGGUGGAGCAGGAGGAGGCAUUGGAGCCGGUAUAGGAGCCGGCGUAGGACCUGGAACUGGAUUCGGACCGGGUGGGACUGGAACAGGAUUUGGCCCUGGAGGAGCUGGGACUGGAUUUCAGCCUGGUGGAGGUGCUGGUGCCAGUCUGGGAGGCUUUGGACCAGGAGCAGGGGGCUAUGGAGGUCAAGGGCCAGGAGGAGUCGGACCUGGAGGUGUCGGACCGGGUGCAGUGAGACCGGGAGGAGUCGGACCUGGUGGAGUUGGACCAGGAGGAGUUGGACCUGGAGGAAUCGGACCUGGUGGAAUUGGCCCAGGAGGAGUCGGACCUGGUGGAGUUGGACCAGGAGGAGUCGGACCUGGUGGAGUUGGACCAGGAGGAGUCGGACCAGGAGGUGUUGGACCCGGAGGCUUCAGGCCCAGCACCUUUGGCCCAGGCAGUGGUGGCCUCGGAGUUGUACCUGGAGGUGUUGGAGCCGGUGGAAAGCCUCCAAAAACAGGAGGUGGCUACGGUGGUCAUGGAGGAGUGGCUGGAGGGUUUGGACCAGGACAAGGAGCUGGAGGAGUAGGAGGAGCAGGUGUUUUUGUACCAGGUGGCGUCGGUCCUGGAGGCUAUGGAACCGGUCCUGGAGGAGCUGGUCCUGGUGGUUUUGGACCAGGUGGCCAAGGCACAGGCCUUGGGGCAGGCGGUUUGGGUGGAGGAGUGCUUGGAGCAGGAGGCCUCGGGACUGGCAGAGGUCAGGGAGCUGGAACAGGCUACGGACCUGGAGGUGGCUAUGGAGGCUACGGAGGUGGUUUUGGACCAGGUGCUGGUCAGUACCCAGGAGCUGGUGGAACUGGUCCCAAACCUCCUAAAACAGGAACAGGCUAUGGGCCUGGAGGUGCAGGGUUUGGACCUGGUGGUGCCGGAUUUGGGCCUGGUGGUGCAGGGGUUGGGCCUGUUGGAACAGGACUUGGACCUGGCGGUGCAGGGGUGGGGCUUGGUGGAACAGGACUUGGGCCUGGCGGUGCAGGGGUUGGGCCUGUUGGAACGGGACUUGGGCCUGGCGGUGCAGGGGUGGGGCCUGUUGGAACAGGACUUGGGCCUGGCAGUGCAGGGGUUGGGCUUGGUGGAACAGGACUUGGACCUGGUGGUGCAGGGGUUGGGCCUGGUGGCACAGGACUUGGGCCUGGAGGAACAGGAUUUGGGCCUGGUGGUGCAGGAGUUGGGCCAGGUGGAACAGGAUUUGGGCCUAGUGGUGCAGGGGUUGGGCCAGGUGGAACAGGAUUUGGGCCUAGUGGUGCAGGGGUUGGGCCAGGUGGAACAGGAUUUGGGCCUGGUGGUGCAGGAGUUGGGCCUGGUGGAACAGGAUAUGGGCCUGGUGGUACAGGGGUUGGGCCUGGUGGAACAGGAUUUGGGCCUGGCGGUGCAGGGGUUGGACCUGGUGGAGCAGGAGUUGGUCCUGGUGGAGCUGCUGUGCCAGGAGGAGUUCCAAGUCUGCCACAGACUGGCACCACUGGGGGAGGACCUGGAGGAAAGAGCGGUGGCAAAGCAUCAAAACAGGUUCCAGGAGUCGGGGUGCCUGGACUCUAUCAAGGUGGAUACGUACCAGGCCAAGGAUUUGGAGGUCGUGGUGUCCUCCCUGGAGUGGCCACAGGAGCUGGACUUGGGCCUCAGACUGGGACCGGGGUACUCGGCCAGGGGGGUGUCGGACCAGGAGGAGCAGGAAAUGGUCGUGGACAGCAGUUGCCUGGUGUUUUCCGUGGUUACCCUCUCAUAUCACCAAAAACAGGGGCAGGCAAAUCGAAGAAUCCAGCCAAAGCUGCAGCUAAAUAUGGUGGAGCUGGAGCUGGAAAUGGAGGUGGUGCACUUGGUCAAGGAGGCGCUCUAGGAGUUGGGGCUGGAAGACUCCCAGGAGGAGGAGCGGGAGCCACAACCGGGUUAGGAGGUGGAGUUGGAACAGGUGGUGGACUUGGAUUUGGAGGAGUUGGAACAGGAGGUGGUCCCGGAGCUGUGCCUGGAUUUGGAGGUGGAGUUGGAACAGGAGGUGGUCCCGGAGCUGUGCCUGGAUUUGGAGGUGGAGUUGGAACAGGAGGCGGACCCGGAGCUGUACCUGGAUUCGGAGGUGGAGUUGGAACAGGAGGUGGUCCCGGAGCUGUGCCUGGAUUUGGAGGUGGAGUUGGAACAGGAGGCGGACCCGGAGCUGUACCUGGAUUCGGAGGUGGAGUUGGAACAGGAGGCGGACCUGGAGCUGUGCCUGGAUUCGGAGGUGGAGUUGGAACAGGAGGCGGACCCGGAGCUGUACCUGGAUUCGGAGGUGGAGUUGGAACAGGAGGCGGACCUGGAGCUGUGCCUGGAUUCGGAGGUGGAGUUGGAACAGGAGGCGGACCUGGAGCUGUACCUGGAAUUGGAGGUGGAGUUGGAACAGGUUAUGGUCCAGGCUCAGCCAAAGCACGCAAAUAUGGUCUGCUAGGCCGUAUAAGCAAUGGAGCCGCUGGAGGCCUUGGAAGAGGAGGACCAGGUGGAGGAACUGGAGUUGGUCUCGGCACAGGAGUGGGGCCAGGUGGGGGCUACGGUUUUGGUCCAGGUGGUGCAGGCACUGGUGGAGCUGGAGGCCUUGGAGUACCGGGAGGAGGAGUUGGACUCAGCACUGGAGGGGGACCUGGCUCUGGCAUUGGUUUUGGUCCAGGUAGUGCCAGCACUGGGACAGGUGGUCUUGGUUAUGGUCCUGGUGGUGCUGGCACUGGCCCUGGAGGAGCGGGUUAUGGUCCAGGUAGAACUGGGUAUGGACCAGGUGGAGCUGGAACUGGAACAGGACCUGGAGGGUACGAUGCCAGCGCCAAAGCUCGUAAAUAUGGCAUGUUAAGUGGAGCACUUGGAGGUGCAGGAACAAGUCCAGGAGGUGUUGGACCAGGUGGUGCUGGUACUGGCUUUGGACCAGGAGGAGCUGGACCAGGUGGCGCUGGUACAGGCUAUGGACCAGGAGGAGUUGGACCAGGUGGUGCUGGUACUGGCUUUGGACCAGGAGGAGUCGGACCUGGUGGUGCUGGUACUGGGUUUGGACCAGGGGGAGUCGGACCAGGUGGUGCUGGUACUGGCUUUGGACCAGGAGGAGUCGGACCUGGUGGUGCUGGUACUGGCUUUGGACCAGGAGGUGUUGGACCAGGUGGUGUUGGUACUGGCUUUGGACCAGGGGGAGUCGGACCAGGUGGUGCUGGUACUGGCUUUGGACCAGGAGGUGUUGGACCAGGUGGUGCUGGUACUGGCUUUGGACCAGGAGGUGUUGGGCCUGGUGGCGCUGGCACAGGCUAUGGGCCAGGAGGAGUUGGACCUGGUGGAGCUGGUACUGGCUUUGGACCUGGUGGAGCUGGCUAUGGACCUGGAGGUUAUGCUGGUGCCAAAGCCCGCAAAUAUGGGCUUCCUGGUGGAGGAACACUGGGAAGAACAGGAUAUGGACCUGGUGGAUACGGGCCUGGGACAGGUUACGGACCAGGUGGAGGCUAUGGUGCAGGACCGGGGGCUGGAUAUGGAACAGGUGGAACAGGUGCUGGUACUGGAGUACUUGGAGGUGGAGCAGGACGAGUUGGUGGUUAUGGACCAGGAGGCUUUGGAACUGGCACUGGAGGUCCAGGCUAUGGCACAGCUGGAUCUAAGGCUGCUAAGUACGGGAAACCUGAUGGAGUUGUACCUGGGGUAGGAACAGGAACCGGCACUGCAGGAACUGGUACAAGGACCGGCACUGCAGGACCUGGUACAGAGACUGGCACUGCAGGACCUGGUACAGGAACUGGCACUGGUGUUUCAGUGAAUGGCACCAGCAUCAGUGGAGGGGCAACAGCUGGACCCAGUGGAGGAGGACUAAGACCCACAGGAGGAACACCAGCCCCAGGAUCAGAAGGCGAUGGUGGUGCUGGCAGUGUGAUAGAAGGGUCUGGAAGCUCUGGAGGAGAAGGAGGUAUUGGUGUAGCUGGCAGACCAGUGGGUGCAGGAGGUGAUGGAGAUGGCUUGGCUGGAACAGGAAUCCCCAUCAUUGGCGCAAAACCAGGACUCAAUGGGACAGAAGUUCCAGGUUCCACAGGAGCAUCCCCUGUUGGUGGUGGGGCUGUACAACCAAGCGCUGUGACAGGUGUUGGUUCUGGUGGUGAUCUCUCUACAACAUUGCCUGGGGCCAGACCUCUCAGACCCCCAGGUGUACCCAGAGGUGACACGCCAGGUGAAGGAGAUGGCGAGGGAGGUCCUGAUGCAGAGAGAGGUGGUACAGGCGGUACAGGUGGAAGACCUGGAGGAGUAGGAGGGAGUCCUACCAGUGCUGGAGCAACAGGAGGUGUUUCAGGUGGUGUAACAGGAGUGGGAAGAGGUGACAGUCCUGCAACUGGAACUGGAGUUGGGGCUGUAGGAGGAACACCAAAACCACCCAAAGAAUACGGACCGGACCGGACUGUGGCAGGAGCUGUCAGUGGUGGAUCUGGUGUUGUAGGUGGGGUAACAGGUGGAGGAGCAGGCUUGGUACCUGGGGCUGGUAUGAUAACUAACACUAUCCUUACUAUCUAAACAAACAGAUGACAUAUACAGAAGAUCUAAAAACAGUGAUCUUUUUAUGUUUCUCUCAGGCAUA